AUGCUCAGUUCCGCCCUCACAACUCUACUUCUCGCCGGUGGCCUAGCCUCUGCACAUGGCCCCGGUCACGACCAUGCCCACGAGCAGGCCGUACGCCGCCGCUUCCUUGAUAUCCACACGAAUACCCUAGCCCACUGCGCCGAGAAGCAUGCAGCCAGCGGUGUCCAGGAGCGUGCAGUCCAGAGGCGCGAGAACCGGGCCCGCUCGUUGAUGGCGGCGUCGCCAUCCGGGGCUUUAAAAGCCCGGCAAACUUCCUCUAUCGGGAAAUCCCACAAGUCUGACAAGCCGUACGAUGCGACAACCGAUCCUAAGGAGGUCUUUGCGGACGAUAACUCCUGCGUUCUGAGUCCUGAGACAACGGAAGGACCGUUUUUUGUGCUUGGUGAGGAUAUUCGGAGCGACCUCAUCGAUGGUCAACAGGGGGUUCCGGUCCACCUCGACAUUCAGCUCAUCGACGUCGAGACAUGUGAACCGAUCGAAGGCACCUUCAUUGAGAUGUGGAACGCCAACUCGACAGGCGUCUACGCCGGCGCGCUAGCCGUCGUCAACGGCAUCGGCAUGUCCGACACAGCCAAUCUCGAACGGACCUUCCUCCGGGGCGCCCAAAAGACAGACGCAGACGGUGUCGUCCAGUUCCAGACUCUCUUCCCAGGUCACUACGACGGGCGCGCCCCCCAUAUCCACGUCAUCAGCCACUUCAACGCCACCGCCCGCGAGAACAACACCCUCUGGGACACCACCGUGACCCACGCCGGCCAGGUCUUCUUCGACCAGGACCUCAUCGCCGCCGUCGAGCAGCUCGAGCCCUACUCUACCAACCAGCAGAACCUGAUGCAGAACGCCGCCGACAGCAUUCUGUUGCAGGAAGCCGCCACGACCGACCCGUUCUUCAACUAUGUGCAGUUGGGCGAGGAUCUGGCGCAGGACGGCCUCUUUGCCUGGUUCCGCUUUGGUGUCAACACGACUUUCACCCGUGAGAUCAUGGCGACUGCGAUGCGGUACGAGGAGGGCGGUAAGAUGGUUACCACGAACCCCAAGGUCCCAGGCUUGGACCAGCUUUUCCCAGGUGGGUUCCCGACGGCCUACCAGCCGGGGUGGGGGGGUAACGGACAGGCGCAGCCGACCGCGAGCCCGUAG